CCCCUCCAUCCCCAAUUCCUCAUUUCCUUCAUAUAUAACUAAAAGAGUAUUCUUUAGCAUAAGAUCAGUAUUCUUGAGGUGACCAGCUUACAGGAAGGGAGGGUUUCUCUAGAAACCUAACCACUUCUUACAAAGAAGAGAGGGAGGUUUUUUUAUAUAUAAUUUCUUUUUUUUUUCUUUUCCUUCAAAAAGGAAAAGAAAAUAUUUUACCAUGGGUGUUUUCAACACUGGCCACCCUUGGGAGCUUGCCUUCGGUAUCUUAGGCAAUGCCAUAUCCAUUUGUGUAUUUCUUGCCCCAUUGCCGACGUUCAUUAGAAUAAUCAAAGAGAAAUCAACAAUGGGUUUUCAGUCGGUACCUUAUGUGGUAGCACUAUUCUCUGCCAUGCUUUGGAUGUAUUAUGCCCUCCUCAAAAAUGCCAUCCUUCUCAUCUCCAUCAACUCUUUGGGAUGCCUCAUCGAGACCAUUUACGUCGCCAUUUUCAUCUUUUAUGCUCCAAAAGAAUGCAAGAAACAGACGAUUAAAUUGGUGAGUAUGCUCAACAUUGGGGCAUUCUCCGGAGUUUUCUUGGUGGCUCAAUUCGCUCUACACCAAGCACCGCUUCGAAUCAUAGUUGUUGGAUGGAUUUGCGUUGCUUUUUCCAUGGCUGUUUUUGUUGCUCCGCUAAGUAUUGUGUUUCAAGUGGUUCGAACUCGAAGCGCAGAAUUUAUGCCUUUCGGUUUGUCUUGUUCGCUAACAAUAAGCGCCGUCACAUGGUUUCUUUACGGUCUUCUAGCUCGUGAUAUCUGUGUUGCGAUUCCAAACGUGGUGGGAUUCUUCCUAGGAUGUGCCCAGGUGGUUUUGUAUUUGAUCUAUCGAAAGCCGAAGCCAAUUGUGGCAGAGGAGGUUUCAAAAACGAAAUUGCCAACACCAUUGCCAAUAUCAUUGCCAGGUGAACAUGUCAUCAACAUAGUGAUGAUUGGGAACCCCGAACAAGUUCAUCCAAUCGAGAACUUCCACGUCGGCUGCGAAGAUGCUGACAAGGACGAAAAAUCAAAUAAUAACAAUAACAUAAGUAUGGAAAUAUUGGGAGAGAAAAAAGAUGAUCGUGAUCUUGACGAUGAUGAUAAAGGUGGUGUGGAUCAACGGCCUUGCAACGUUCCGGCCCAAGUAAAUAUUGUGCAUCUUGAUUGCUCACCUGCACUUGUUGCUUGUCCAGCUUAAAAAUUGUAAUUUAAUUUUUGCAUUUCUCUCUUUUCUUUUCUUUUUUUUUUCUUCUGUCUUUUUUAUCAAUUAUUAUUAUUAUUAUUAUAUCGCGAAAUUAGUAGCUCUACUGUCUAUUAAGUCAUUUCUUAUUUUCCCUCCCUCUCCCCUUUGUAAAAGUUCCCUUCAGUUUGGUUCCACCGCCAUAUAUUGUGGUACAUAUAUAUUAAUGAAAAUGCAUAAUUAAUAGUAUUCUUGUUCUGUUGUUUCUUUUUUG